AUGACUGGGUUCACGCCGGCCCAUGGCGACCCUAGCAACAUCACGUCGUUCCAAGGAGCGGGUACGGCCGAGGAAGCCGAGUGAGUUGAUUACCUUGGCGCUCGUGUCAUCAUCGCUGGUUCCCUCCCGGUCGGGCGGCGGCGGCAGCGGCAACGGAGGAGCAGCCCACGAUGACUGGCUGACCGAUCCGGACCGGACACGGCCGCGGAUCAUGACACGAGAGGGUUGCGACAUGUACUGAUGGCUGAAGCUUGGAUCGUGACGUUGAAACAGACAUGAACUGUACCAGAUCGUACCCGAGGUGAGUGCCUGUUCGUCGCAGUGGUUCGAGGAUCGGCUCGGCCCGGAUGAUCGCUAUCGUCGGUCGUCAGCGUCGCUCGGACUCGACCACGAUUCGACCACCGACAGCAGGUCCGAACCUGACCCCCGGAGAGCCCACCCUGAGACUGACAAUGAUGUUCGUGCUCCGCCUGAUCAGGUCAACAUCGUCCAUCUCGCCAUCACACUUUUGUCCAUCUUUGUCACCUUCUUUGGCCUCUUCUCGUCAGUAUACUCGGCCGGCACGCGCCUCUCGCACAGCUCCGUGUCACUUCGAUCGCAGCAUCGCUGACGGAUCCGAACCACACUCGCCACAACGUGCCGUCGGACCCUCAACAGUGGUUUUGUCAAGGAACGCCUCUAUGUUGGAGAAGCCAUCAUCGCUACAGGAUUCGGCGUCGCCUUCUCGUGAGUGAACCGUGUCUACACCGUAUCGCCGCCGUCAUUCGAGAUCGCGCGUCGCGGCAGCCACCACCACCAUCGGGGGCGCCCAUGACGAUGACGACGAUCCCAACUCGAGUUCUCGCUUCGGCCACGAUGGCAACGGGAGCUCGGCGAUGCAAGAAGCUGCCUUGCGCCACUUUUUGACUUUUGAGGCACGGCGGAGCUAAUGAUGAUACUUUCCAUGCAAUCGUACCCACAGUGGCUAUGGUGCUGGUGUCUUUGCCCCGAGGAGCUGGUCCUCCGGUAAGGGAUUUCUUCCUACCUGCCCGGACACCUUGAGCGUAGUAGAGUCCGCAAAGGGCUGAACCAAUUUCUUUGAACACCUUGACCACACACAGGUCACCACUUCGACGACCUGACACUUGAAUUGACCCGCAUCGUCAUCGCGCUUUCCGUCUUUGCCGUCGGUGUCGAGUUGCCCAAGUUCGUGCUGCGCCAAAGUCGGAAUGAGAGACUGGAGCGAGUUUGCUCACGAUCAAUCCGAUCUGCCUCCACAGGGCUUACAUUCUGCGACAUUGGAGAUCUCUUAGCAUGCUUCUUGGUCCCAUGUGGGUACUCACAAUUUCAUAUUGUUGGCUGAUGACUCGCACUGACCGAUGUGCUCGUCCUCCGAUUCGGCAGCAUGUUACUCGGAUGGAUGGUUUCGGCUGCCCUCAUGUUUGCCAUCAUCCCCGGACUCGAGUUCCUUCCCGCCCUCGUCAUUGCCGCCGGUGUGACCCCGACCGAUCCCAUUCUCGCUUCGUCGGUCGUGGGCAAGGGUAAGUUCGCGCAAGAGCAUGUGCCGGCCCACAUUCGGCACAUUUUGCAGGCCGAGAGUGGAUGCAACGACGGCGCCGCUUUCCCCUUUCUCGUACGUGCUUCAAAGGGGUGAAGAUUAUCUCGAGGGUUGCCUUGUCUGACCUGGCCCCUUGAUCACGCAGUACCUCGCCCUGUUUCUGCUGCUUCGCGGCCACCACACUAUCGGCGAGGCGAUCGGGUGGUGGGCCUUGCUCGUCUUGCUCUACCAAAUCGUCCUCGGGUGUGUCAUCGGAGCCGCCGUCGGUAUUGCGGCUCGCAAGCUGCUCAAAUUCUCCAAACGACGCGAGUUGAUUGAUCGAGAGUCCAUGGUAGGUGCUCCCUCAUUAUGCUAUUGAAUUUGCGACCGGCGAGCUCAUGUGCAUCUUGCCUCCUCGACAGGUCGCGAUGUACGUCGCAUUGGCUUUGCUCGUCACCGGACUGACGACGCUCGCUGGAUCGGACGACUUGCUCGCCGCCUUUGCUUGCGGUACCGCUUUCGCUUGGGACGACUGGUUCACCGAAUCAAUCGAAGAGUCCAACUUCUCCUCGACGAUCGAUCUGCUUGCCAAUUGCGCCAUCUUCAUCUACCUCGGAGCAACGAUGCCGUUCGCUGCCUGGUCCGACGAGAUGUUAACGUUGACGGUGUGGCGACUCGUGCUGCUCUCCUUGGGGAUCUUGACGCUUCGUCGUUUGCCCGCCAUCUUUGCGCUGCAGUGGUGGAUCCCUGACAUCAAGACGCGACGAGAGGCCCUGUUCGCGGGGCACUUCGGCCCCAUGGGCGUCGGGGCGAUCUUCAUCUCUACACUUGCAGCGGCUAAACUGCCUACUCCGACGGUCCCGCCCGAAAACUCGUUGGACUUGCUCGCGCUCAUCAUCCAGCCCGUGACAUACUUUAUCGUUCUUUCGUCGAUCCUUAUCCACGGCUUAACGAUCUCCUUCUUCACACUCGGUCGACGCGUGCAUUCGCGAGUCGCUUCCUUCUCCCGCACUUUGACCUCCGCCUCGAGGGAUUCACGGGGUGGGUUGAGCCGCAAUGCACCCGUCAUGGCCGAAGAGCCAGCUUGGAUGUCUCGCGUCAAACGGGCGCAACGAGGUGAAGACAUCAUCAUCAAUCGAGACGACGAUCUCGAACCGACGAGUAUGGCCGAGAAAGGUCUGGGAGGGUCGUCGUCGAGUGAGUUUGGGUCCAACAGUCUUGAGAAAGCACCGGUCGGGGAUGGGUCCGAUCCCGAGGAUGGACGAGGGGACGUGUCGAGGAUGCGCUUGGCUUCGAUGGAGAAUGACUUGGGACGCGGUGAAGUCGAUGGAGAACGGAGACGGUCGCUCGAGGACGAGUCGCACGGUAUCUCUUUGGACGAGGAGGAUCUAACCAGGACGGCUCGGAUCAAGAAGAAGAUGGAGCAAGAGAAUGAUGACCAUCCGCGCAAGAAUAUUCUGGAGCAUGUAUCGGAGGAUGGGAGCAGGUCUGGGUCCCGGGACGCGUCGCUUGAUCGAUCCGAUCGUGGGAGACGACAAUCGGCGGAACGUCCGCAGGGGGCCGAGAUGGGGAGAAGUUCCGAAGCCGCGGCGGGAAAGCGGGGAUCGUUCUCCUUCGGCAGCAGCAAGGACAGCAAAUCGCCUUCGCGACCACCACUUCGACAAAAGGACUCGGCCAGGGAGGCGAGAUACUGCUCCAAGAACGUGACGCAAACGUGGCAGCAAGGGCGCAAGAUUAUUAUCGACCGCAACGACGGUGCCGAGGUCGAAGUCAUCGACUUGGAUGCUACCCCCGACGCACUCGAAAAGAGUGCACGUAAUGACCGCCACGAGAUCUUGACGGUGCCUCAGGGAGCGAUCGAGCGGGAGAAGGAGAAGAUGCCUGUCGGGGAUCAGACGCCGCAACAGCAUGAGGAGUCGGCCGUGCAACGCGUUGCGCAAGCGAUGUUGCGUAGUCGGUCUAUGCUGGCGACGGCGACGGCGAAGCUGUACAAGGAGGAACCGAAUCUCUCGGCGGAGGAGAAGGAGAGACGCAGGAAGGAGAAGCUGGAGAAGGAUGCUUGGUGCCGGAAAGAACAGGUGGGUACCGAUCAGACUUUCAGUGUGCGGUGGACUAGGAGCUAAACCUAUCGUCAAACUGUGCAGCACUACCCCGAAAUCCCCGCCGCGAAGCGAAGAGAGACGCAAGAAUGGCCCGAGGGUGAGAAGGUCGUCGUCGAGCACACGGACGGUACAGUCGACGUUCGCGACAUGACGGAAGAGGAGAAGAAUCGCCGUAUCACCAAGCACCUCGGCGCACUGCGAGCCUUGGGUCAUCCCAUCGAAGCUUUAGAAGGUCGAGGUAAACGACGGUCGCCGGCGCCGACAGCUUCACCAUCCCUCCGCGCCGAGGAAGAGGAGCGCGACCCUUCGGCGCUCUGGGGUCGACCCAUCCAAGGCCCUGGCCCCGCUUCCUCGUCCAGUUCAUCACCUCGCACCAGAAACGGUCAGCAGCACAGCAGCAACUCUCCGGCGCGCAGUGAGACCCCACCUCCCGUCGCUCGCAAGCCCAACACGGGCUUUGCGCUCGAAAGAACGGGGCGACUCGAUCCCGACUCGGAAGAGGAGGCGGCGAGCGAGGAUGAAGACGAUGCCCGUGACGAUGACCGCACAGCUACAACGACCCGCGAACGACCCGAGUCCAAUUCCAAGUCGGGAGGCGCGUUCAAGUCCGUCAAAGGUAUCUUUGGGUUAGGAUCGAGCAAGCGUUCUGCUUCACCACCUCCCGCACCACGCCCCGUUAUUACCCGCAUCGAUGUCGCUCCAGCACUUCCGCGGCCCCCUUCACCGCCACCACCGCCAUCGAAGGACGACCCCGUUUCGAGUCAGAUGGCCUUCUUGCGCAGUCCCGGGCAUUCACCGACGACCCCGAUCAGUGCUUCGACCAUUCGGUUCGCCGACGCGAGUCGACCGAUGCGAGAUGGGGCUGGACCUUCGAGCGGCUUGAAGCCUUUGCCGACGAUCGGAAAUUCUUCGGCACUGCGGAGGAACCCGACGCAGGGUAGCUCCAAAGGUGCUCAAUAG